AUGGCUCUGCCGUCUCUUCUUCGUUUUGGCGCUUGCGGAGUGUACAACCACUACCAAGCGGCCAAUUCAGCUUCCUCAGAUGGAGCAGUAGCUAAGGCCAUCCCAAUAGAAGGUUCGAUGGAAGGCUCUCUCCGAUCAGAAGAGAUGUUGUCUACUGGACUGGGGUUUUUCGAGCAUGGACUCGCGCUGCUGAACAUAUCCUACGAGGAACCCACAGUUGACGAUGUUGAGGCUUUAAACUUGGCUUCACACUGCUGCUACAUUCUUAACCGCCGCAUGUCAGCCUAUGCGUACGCUGGGCAGAGCGUACGACUAGCCCACGGCUUGGGGCUGGACCAUCCAGCACCUACGUCCCUAUCCAACUUGGAGCGCAAACACAGGAAGCGUGUCUGGUGGACUGCGUUCUGCGUGGAUCGAAUGAUUAGCACAGAGCUUGCAUUACACCCUGCGUAUACUGGUCUCGGAUCGGAACUUGAUUACCCAGACUCUUCUAGCCUAACAGAUGAAGAAAAGGAGCAAUUCUUUGGCCCAGUGCUACUGACAGCAUUAAUUAAAUUAUGCGAGAUCAAGGGCGAUGUUGUGAAUACUGUUAGUCGGCUUAAGCAAAACGACAUCACGGAGCCAUAUCAAGUCUUACGUCAAUGCCUUCAAGGUUUGGAUCGAUGCGGGAGAGAACUGCCCGGCAGAGUGUUUUCUGGAGGCGACUCGCUGCCAGAGAGCCGUAUAUGCUCCUCUCUUGCGCUACGCUACCAUCAGUGUUAUAUUAUGCUUCUACGGCCUAUUCUGCUUCAUCAAUUCACGUUUAUGCUACGGAACAAGAGAGUUAUAACACUCUCAGAUGAGCUCUAUACCAUCAGCAAUAUAUGUCUUCAAGCUGCGCGAAGCAAUGCUUGCAUUUUACUCGAGCUGGCUCAAGCAGGUGAACUUGUCAAAUAUGGCUAUUGGGACUCGGCUCACCUCUUCUCAAGCCUCGCCGUUCUCACUAUAGCUCAGUCCAUGCGCAACCACCACCCCAACGCCUUUCGUUGCACCGGAGAGGACAUGUCACGCGACGCGGACACAUACAGCAAAGGACGGGCCGUACUCGUGCACAUGGCGUACACAGGGAACCUGGCCUCAAGACAGCAUCUGAGCAUGCUUGAAGAGGUGGAACGCCACGGCACCGUACUUUCUGCGCUGAAUGCCGGGAGCGAUACAAUACCGGUGUCGGUGUCGACGGGCGAGGCGACCACAGAAAUGGAGCUGGAUUUCGAGGGCUGGGCAUCACUGAGAAGCAUGUCUGAUCAGGCCGCCGGUGGUGUUGGGGUUGACCCAUUCGCUUUCUUAUAG